AUGGCGACCGACAUGGAUAUUGAUAUGGAUAUCGAUGUUGGAGUCAUUGAGGAUUUGCCUAUUCCAGAUAUGGUAGACAUUGAAUUAAUUCCAGAUGAACCCACUCAAGCACAUAACGAUACAUCAGCCCCAAAUGAUAGCUCCGGUCCAGAUGCAGAAAAACCUACUCCAGAAAAAGUACAUAUACGUGGCUUGGACAAUCUUACCACUGAUGAUGUCAAGAAGUUCGCACAUCAUUAUUACGACGAGCGUAUUACACGAGUAGAAUGGAUUGAUGAUUCUUCACUAAAUUUAGUGUAUGGAAGCAAUGAUAUCGCUGAGACAGCUCUUCGAAAAUUCUCGGCACAAGAACUUCCAGAGGAUAUUUCACAACUUCCUAUUUUACAAUCUUUCUCUGCCAACCCUUUCCCGGACAAUCCUAAAAUAAGCUUACAGGUUCGUCUUGCGGUUGUUGGGGAUCGUAAACAAAGAGGGGCCCGGGAAAGAAGUCGUUUCUACCUUUUCAACCCAGAGCAUGAUCCUGCGGAGCGCAGAAAACGUGAGGGUGGACGAAGAUACCGGGACCGAGAUGAUGGUGGUUAUAGAAGCCAGCGUUAUGAUGAAAGAGAACAACGCAAUAGACAACGUGGAGAUGAGGAAGCGGGUUUUGAUGCAAGUCUUUACGAUGAUGAUGAAGCAGCUUUGGCGACUAGAGCAGGGAGACGCCAUGGUCGAUCAGCAUCUGGUUCAUCUGGAAGUGACUUUAGGGAGCGAUCUGACAAUCGACGAGGUUCUGGUUUGCGGGAACUAUUUCCAGAUAGGGGUGGAAAUGAUGGGAGAUUACGAGAUCGAAGCGCAUCGCCCGUGAGAAACGCGGACAGAGCGAGAGACUACAACAGACGACGUCGAGACACAGCAGCUGUAGAAAAUAGGUCAAAAGCUCAAGCUAUCAAGGCUCGUCUCCGCAGAGAAAGUUCUGCUACCAGGGAACUCUUCCCGAGCAAAGUAGGUACGAGUCAUCGCAAGUCCGGUGCUCUUGAUGCUACGGACGAAACAGCAGAUCUUUUCGCAAACAGAAUGCCUGUCCCAUUCCUUGAUGGAAGUUCGGAUGUUCGUCCUUCUGGCAAACUAUCUUUGGCAGAAAGAAUAACAUCAGAACAGCCUCAACAGUCACAAGGUUUUAGCAUUCGUGGAACUGCAAAACCUGCUCCCACUGGAUUCUCUAUUAAAGGCUUGGCAUCGGAUAAUUCAACCAUGAAGGAAUUAUUCCCUUCUCGUUCAGGGGGGGGAAAUGCUGGGAAAGAACUUUUUUCAGAGAGGAUAGUUGGAAGGGGUGGAAGGAGACAAAAAGCCGAGGAUCUAUUCUACUAG